AUGUACUCCGCAGGCUUUCUCCUCGCCGCCCUUCCGUACCUGACUUCGGCUCUAGCAGGUGGAAAACAUAAAUUGGCGAAACGCGAGAGCACUCUUAUCCCGUCAUCAUGCUUCGACUCAACUUCCUCCCUGACGGAAUAUUUCAACUACAAUUACCCCUGGGGCGACACACACAACGGCGCAGCGAUUAUGAAAGAGGCGCAAUCUGUGAUCGCCGAUUCGGGAACCCUCACUCUGAAUGCUACAUACACAGGGGCAUCCGACUAUGCAUACGACUCGGGCACAGUGUACGCAAAGCAGCAAUUCACUAUCGAAGCAUCCGGAGGCUUAGACUUCUCCGCUGAAUUCAUCGCACCCGUAGCGACGGGUACUUGGCCAGCAUUCUGGUUGAACGGCGUCAACUCCUGGCCCCCAGAGAUUGACAUUGCGGAGUGGAAGGGAUCCGGCGACAUUAGCUUCAACACCUUCAACUCGUCGAGUGAAGUCGAAGCGAAGGAUGUCGAUUAUCCAAGCCCGCCAGACUUUCACAAGGUCCUUGCAGAGCUGCGCGACCAGGACGGGAGCAAUGUCAGCAUCAAUUUCUAUCUUGAUGGAGCUCUCGUCACGACCCAAUACGCCUCGGGACUUGUUGGUGAACCGUUGAAUCUGAUUAUUGAUCUCCAGAUGGAGGGGAGUAGUGGCAGCCCAGGCCCGACAGGUAGUGAGUGCUUUCCUUUCCUUCUCAAGCAGCGGAAUUUUGAAGCUGACACAGAUAGCAGCCACGUUAUUUCAAUCAAGAAUCUCGAGGUUAUCGACAAGAACCCCUGA